AUGUCAGACGUCCUGAGUGCAUACUACGCGAAGAAGAAAGGGACGAAGAAUUAUGCUGAGGCAGAAGAUAAUGGAUAUACACUCAAAACUAAGCGUUCUGUUCACAGCAGUCAGCUGCUUACUCGUCUCGCGGAACUUCGUGAUGAUUAUCGACUUUGUGAUGUUGUUCUUGUAGUCAAGGAAAGUUCAGGACUUUUGAUUGUCGAGUGA